AGACACCAUGAGCAAGAUCAUCGUCUAUGAGAAUUUCAACUUUCAAGGCAGGAGCAAAGAGUUUACGUCUGAUGUUCCUGACUUAAAUGCAGAGGGUUUUAAUGACAACAUUUCCUCUAUAAAGGUGAUCGGAAAUCCAUGGCUGGCAUACACAGAUUGCAUUUACAAAGGUGAGCUGUACAUCUACGAGGAAGGAGAAUAUCCUGUCGUGGAAAUAAAUGAUUCUAUUUCAUCACUGCAGUUGGUCAGAGGUGACCUGAAAGAUCCUCAGAUCUGCCUGUAUGAAUACGCACAUUAUGGAGGCAGGAGAAUUUCCCUCACCGAGGAGAAAGACUUGAAUGAGACCAGCUUCAAUGAUACAGCGUGUUCUCAGAAGGUGAUUAAAGGGGUAUGGGUCCUCUACGAGCACGGGAACCGAGGCGGUGAGAAGAUGAUCGUCAAAGCUGGUGAUAAUGUUGUCAAAUAUGACUGGUGGUACAAGAAAGUGAGCCAUGUGCGUCCUCUCAAGGCAGGAAAGUAAGGAGAAUGGAGGAGGAUCUGAAGGUCCCAGUCAAGAGUGCAGGUGCCAAUUGCGGACUCAAUUAUCGCUGAAUACUUGUUAAAUUUCAUGAUCCAGUCUCUCCAAAGUUAAAUUAAUGUCCAAAUAUGAAUGAAAAAGGAAUUUUAUUUUAUCUUUUCAUAAGUAUGACUGUAAUGGGAAUAAAUGACAUUUCUGCUGUACGUCUGUGUCCUAUUGUUCUAAGUGACUCUGAAUCAUUUAAAGUCUGAUCCUGUUUAAUCUGAUGCUGUUGUAAAAGUUUGAUGUAAACAAAUAUGUUGAAACUUUUUUCUUAUCACACAUUGUAACACAAGGA